AUGGAUCGUUAUGAUCGCGCUAUUACCAUAUUUUCGCCCGACGGCCACUUGUUUCAAGUGGAGUAUGCUCAGGAGGCAGUGAAGAAGGGCUCAACUGCCAUUGGCGUUCGAGGACGCGACUGUGUAGUAAUUGGUGUAGAGAAGAAGACCAUUCCAAAGCUACAGGAAGACCGAACGCUGCGCAAGAUCAAUCUCAUCGACGAUCACAUCGUGAUGGCAUUCGCAGGUCUAAACGCCGAUGCAAGAGUGCUGAUUAAUAUGGCCAGGGUAGAAUGCCAGUCUUGGAGACUGACCAUGGAGGAUCCGAUCACUGUCGAAUAUCUCACUCGUUUUGUGGCGAAUACCAAGCAAAGAUACACUCAAAGCAAUGGGAGGAGGCCAUUCGGCAUUUCGACGCUUAUCGGCGGCUUUGACUCGAACGGUCAACCGCGACUUUUCCAGACUGAACCUUCGGGUACGUUUUACGAAUGGAAAGCUAACGCGACAGGCAAGAGCGCAAAAACCGUUAAGGAAUACUUGGAAAAGCAUUAUGACGAAGAAAACUUAGUGGACGAACACUCAACUCUAUAUUUCGCCGUCAAGGCGCUGUGCGAAGUGGUUCAGGCAGGCGCACCAAAUAUAGACGUCGCGUCGAUGCGCUGGGACGCUUCAGCGCCCAAACACGUGUCAUUCAGGUUGCUUCCUUAUGAAGAAAUCGAAGUCAUGGCAAAGAAAGUAGAAGCUGAGAAAGAAAGGGAAAAAGACGCUGAUCGCGACAAGGAUCAUCAUCAGAAAGCUUAG